GUACUUGAGGGACGUGAGACGGUUCUUGGGCCAGACCACCCCGACACCCUAACGAGCCUCAACAACCUCGCUAUUACCCUCCAAACCCAAGGAAAGUACGAUGAAUCCGAGGCUCUGCAUCGCCGUGCACUUCAGAGACGCCGGAAGGUUCUUGGAUCAGACCACCCACACACCCCAUCAAGCCUCCACAAUCUUGCCGCAGUGCUUGGUGACCAAGGAAAGUACGUUUAAUCAGCGACUCUAAGGCGGCGUGCGCGGCAGCCGCUGUCAAACAAACCUGAUCAGGCAUAGCCGCAAUCCCUAGAACUUGUUGUAUUUUGCGUUCAUACGACUGCACCCCACAGCAAGCGUGAUAGUCUGGCAACCCGGUUCCUCACCAUGUCGCGGGUGGUUUGGGCUAGAUGUGACAUGAGUGGGUCACCAUUUCUACUCGUCUAGGGAGCUGUAGGGAUCUCCCGCGAAAAACUAGGGCAAUUUCUGGAACUCAGGAAGUAAUGCGUGGGCGGCGGUGGCGCAACUUUUAAAUCCUUGUACGAGCAAGUGAUGCUUGUGUAUUGAGCAACUAUUCGGCAUUUUUGCUGACCUUUCACCUUUUAUUUCCUCUUAUUUCUGAUCCCUUAACAGUUUAUUUGUCUAUUCUUCAUACCGAAUCUGAUCCUUCGUCC